GGGGGGUGAGCUGCCGAGUGCCAGUGCAGACAGAGCGUCCUUUCUUCCCUUCCCACGCUUUCUUUAACUCCAGCGAAAAAGCCAUUCCCUAAACCCUCUUUAUCGCUUUCACCCAUUUACUAAUUCAACCAACCUCAAAUUAUCAAAUCAAAUCAAAUCGAACAAUAACGAAGAAGAAGAAGAAGAAUCUUUAACCUAUCCAGAUAUUCUCUAAUAUGUUUGUGUUUUUCCACUUUUGGUGCUCCUCUCUCUCUCUCCCCUCUUUCUGAGCACAUGGAUCGUUCCAAUGCUUAGCUGUGGUGGUGUUCUUCGAAGCAAUUGAAGAAGAGGAGAAGUCGAUUGCCAAGUGGAAGGAACAAAAACAAUGGGGGCUACAAGAUCUCUACUGCUGUUUCUGUCGCUUUCGAAUUUACUCUGUCUUCUUCUCGUCGAUUCAUCAAUGGCUCAGAUUCCAGGUUUCGUAAGUCUCGACUGUGGAGGUACAGAUAAUCACACAGAUGAGCUAGGCAUCGAAUGGAGUUCGGAUAACUACAUGUCGAGAGGACAAAUUGCAACGAUUUCGGUCGCCAACGAGACAAGAAGACAGUACACGACGCUGAGAUACUUCCCGGCUGACGACAACAAAUAUUGCUAUACACUAAGUGUCGUCAGAAGGACGCGGUACCUCGUACGAUCGACUUUCUUGUACGGAAACUUCGACGACAACAAUGUCUACCCCAAGUUCGACGUUUCCUUCGGAGCGACACAUUGGGCUACGAUAGUCGUUUCCGACUCUACCACGAUCGAGACGCAGGAGUUGAUUUUUCUGGCCACCGAUCCUUCCGUCAGUGUUUGUUUGUCGAAUGCCUCGACUGGGCAGCCCUUCAUAUCCACCCUCGAGCUCCGACAAUUCAACGGUUCGAUUUACAUGAAUCAGUACGAGAACGAUUUCUUCCUCAGUGUCUCGGCUCGAAUAAACUUUGGCGCAGAAAGCGAUGCUCCCGUCAGAUAUCCCGACGAUCCGUUCGACAGAAUAUGGCAGUCUGACUCCAUCAAGAAAGCAAACUACCUCGUCGACGUUGCUCCGGGGACGGAAAAGAUAUCGACCGUAAAAAUGAUCGACGUCAUGAGAGACGAAUGGCCGCCCCAGAAGGUGAUGCAGACAGCAGUCGUAGGUAGGAAUGGGUCACUGACUUAUCGGUUGAAUCUCGACGGCUUCCCGAGUUUCGGUUGGGCAUUUACCUACUUAGCCGAGAUCGAAGAUCUAUCCCCGGCUAGCACUAGAAAAUUUCGACUUGUUCUUCCCGGGAAUCCCGACGUCAGCAAGGCUGUCGUUAACAUCCAAGAGAAUGCGCAAGGGAAGUACCGAUUAUACGAGCCGGGAUAUUACAACAUCUCCCUGCCGUUCGUUCUGUCGUUCAGAUUCGGGAAGACAGCUGAUUCGAGUGAGGGGCCUCUACUGAAUGCCAUGGAGAUAAAUAAGUAUAUUGAAAAAAGUUACGGCUCCGCAGAUGGUCUGGUUCUUGCGGCUUUAGCCGUGACUUAUCCAUCGUUCGAUUGGGCGCAGGAAGGCGGAGACCCGUGCGUACCGGCGCCGUGGACUUGGGUUCGAUGCAGCUCGGAUAUGCAGCCAAGAAUAACAUCCAUUAAACUGUCUGGAAAGAAUCUGACCGGAGAUAUUCCGAGGGAGUUUGCGAAGUUGGGCGGCCUAGUCGAGCUAUGGCUCAACAAUAACUCGCUCGCUGGUUCGAUUCCGGACUUUUCCGGAUGUCCUAAUUUGAAAAUAAUACACAUCGAGAAUAAUCUUUUAACCGGUGGCCUACCUCCUUCUUUGGCAGAUCUUCCGAAUUUGAGAGAACUGUACGUUCAGAAUAAUAUGUUGUCUGGAGAAGUCCCGCCUCGUCUUCUUACCAAAGAUCUGAUCUUGAACUACACAGGAAAUCCCGACCUUCAUGAAGGAGACAAUCGUGGAAACCGCAAGAAAAUUUUUGUCGGAUUAUUGGCCGGAGGAAGUGUUCUACUUAUUGUCGGUAUUACUUCUUUCUUUCUGCUGCCGACGCUAAAGAGGAUUCUUCGUAAGCUUUGUUCUCAAGAAAAAUCUUCCGAUGGUUUGCUCCCUGAACGCUCUCCGUCGUCGCUGGCCGAUCCCGCAGCGGAAUCUGCACAUUGUUUCGCUUUAUCCGAAAUUGCGGAGGCCACAAACAACUUCGAGAGGAAAAUUGGAUCGGGAGGUUUCGGGGUUGUCUACUACGGGAGAUUUAAGGACGGGAAGGAAAUUGCCGUCAAAGUCUUGAUAAACGAUACUUUUCAGGGGAAACGGGAGUUCUCGAAUGAGGUUUCGCUUCUUUCGCGGAUACACCAUCGAAACUUAGUACAGUUCCUCGGGUACUGUCAGGAAUCGGGAAAGAGCAUUCUUGUGUACGAGUUCAUGCAUAACGGGACUCUUCGGGAGCACCUUUACGGGACAUUUGAUCGCGGACAAGGUAUUGAUUGGAUCAAGCGCCUCGAGAUUGCCCACGACGCCGCGAAAGGAAUCGAGUACCUUCACGUCGGCUGCGUGCCAUCGAUCAUCCAUAGAGAUUUGAAGACGAGCAAUAUCCUUCUCGACAAGAACAUGAGAGCUAAGGUUGGAGAUUUUGGUCUUUCGAAAAUCGCCGUCGAUGGAGUGUCCCACGUGUCCAGCGUCGUUCGAGGAACCGUCGGCUAUCUCGAUCCCGAGUAUUACAUCUCCCAGCAGUUAACCGACAAAAGCGACGUCUACAGCUUCGGAGUCAUUCUUCUCGAGCUAAUAUCUGGUCGGGAAGCUAUCUCGAACGAAAGCUUCGGCAGCAACUGCAGAAACAUCGUCCAAUGGGCGAAGAUGCACAUGGGUAACGGCGACAUACGGAGUAUCAUCGACCCGACAUUGCAGAGCUACGAAAGCCAGUCGAUGUGGAAAAUAGCCGAGAAAGCUUUGAUGUGUGUGCACGCAAACGGGAGCGCUCGACCGCCGAUUUCGGAAGUGGCUAAGGAGAUCCAAGACGCCAUCGCCGUCGAGAAGGGCGCGGAAAUCAGUUCGGGCGAGGUAUCCCGACAUUCUGCCCAUUCUUCUUCUUUAAAUUUGCCUGCCGUCGAGCUGCAGCAUUUGUCGGUAGAAGAUUACGUAAACCAGCCGACGCCUCGGUAGAAACUUCGUACACUAGUGAUGCUCUCUAACCAUUCUUUCGACGCUUUUUUCGUCGAUUUUUUGUUUCGAAUUUGGGUUUUUUUUUUUAGUCUCUAUUCUUGAUGCUUAUUUUGUACAUUCCAAAAAUUUGCGUGCUUCGAUUCCGUGUACAAAGAAUGGUACAUUUUGAUAUUUGAUGAGAGUAUAGGUAACUAGAGGAUUUGGUAA